AUGCGCGCCGGCUUGGCUCGGAGGCGGCGGCGGCGGCGCGAUUGGCUGCCUGCGCGGCGGCGCCGGGACUCUCUCGCACCCCCGCCGCACAAAAGUCGGCCCCGGGCCGCGCCUGCCCCACUCCGGGCAGGAGGCAGCGAGGCGGGCGGGCGGGCGGGCGGGCAGGCAGCGGCUCCGGCUCCCCUCCGCCCUGGACGGCCCUCCGACGGCCCUCGGUCCCCACCUGCCGCCCGGCCGCCCUCCUUCCCUCCCUGGGCGCCUGCCGGCCGGAGCCUGGCGGCGGGCGGGAUGGCCGCCUCGCCGCGCGCCCCGCCGCCGCUGCCGCUGGCCCGGAGCCUCCUCCUGGUGCUGCUGCUGCCGGCGUUGGCGGGCGGGGAGGCGCGGGGCCGGCCGGCCGACGCCGUGGCGGAGCACAUGCGGCGCCUCUACGACAGGUACAGCGGGCGGCCCGAGCGGCCGCUCCACCUCCGCCAGGGCAACACGGUGCGCGGCUUCCGAGCGCUGCCGGCAGGUUUUCCUGGCAGCAAAGAAGUGCACGUUUUCAACCUGACCUCCCUCACAAAGUCUGAGAACAUCUUGUCGGCUCUGUUGCAUUAUUACGUCGGGGAUCUCCAAAACGGUAGCGCCGAUUGUCCUCGCCUCAAGGGCUGCUCUCGUCACGGGCCCAGGAAACCUGAUCUGCAGAUCGACCUCUCGCUGCUGAGUUUUCCUCUGUCGGGAAACCAGACUCGGACCUUGGGACACUAUUUAAUCAACAUCUCCACCGCUUAUCGGAACGUCCUUUCUUGGCAGUGGAAGAACAUCACCCACGUCUUGAGCAAGGCCAAACAGAACAAAGAACUGCUCAUUGGAGUCAAAAUGGCCUCCAUCGGCCGUCACUCUUGGAAGAGAAUGCACCCCGCUUACGAACCCUACAUCCUCGUCUAUGCCAACGACUCCGCCAUUUCGGAACCAGAGAGUGUCGUUUCUAGCUUGCAGGGGCACUGGACUCCUCUGCCCGCCGGAGUCCCUAAAUUCGACGCCCGCUCCAAAGCUGGCCCAGCCGAACGGCGAGAAAAGCGCUCCACCAGCAUCCUCCUGCCGUUGCAGAACAACGAGCUUCCGGGGGCCGAGUAUCAAUACAGCGAGGACGAAGGAUGGGAAGAACGGAAGCAUUACAAGACGCUCCAGCCGCGGCUGGCCGAGAGGGCCAAGAACAAGAAAAAGCAGAGGAAAAACAAUCACCAAAAGAGCCAGACGCUCCAGUUUGAUGAGCAGACCCUUAAAAAGGCGAGGAGGAAGCAGUGGAACGAGCCCCGAUAUUGCGCGCGCCGCUACCUCAAAGUGGAUUUUGCCGAUAUCGGCUGGAGCGAAUGGAUUAUUUCUCCUAAAUCUUUUGAUGCAUAUUAUUGCUCAGGUGACUGCCAGUUCCCUAUUCCAAAGGCCUUAAAGCCAUCCAACCAUGCCACCAUCCAAAGCAUAGUGAGAGCCGUGGGGGUCGUCUCCGGGAUUCCCGAGCCGUGCUGCGUCCCAGACAAGAUGUCAUCUCUCAGCAUCUUAUUCUUCGACGAGAACAAGAACGUGGUACUCAAAGUCUACCCCAACAUGACAGUGGAGUCUUGCGCAUGCAGAUAACAUCCUCCUAGAGCCUGUGG